AUGGCUCACACCCAGUCUGCAGCUUGCUGCAACACGCCCGCGGUCAUCAGCAAGGGCUACCAAGAGAAGGGCACUUUCAUCACCGUCAAUGGCCUGAAGACCUAUAAUACCGGACCCUCCUCAGCCAGUAAAGGUAUUCUCGUCAUCUACGAUAUCUUCGGCUUCUUCCCACAGACCCUCCAAGGUGCCGACAUUCUGGCUCACUCGGACAAGGAGCAUCAAUAUCAGGUUUUCAUGCCAGACUGGUUUGAAGGAAAGCCGGCAGAUAUCUCAUGGUAUCCUCCAGACACGGACGAGAAGGGCAAGAAGCUAGGCGAGUUCUUCCAGACCUCGGCGGCACCGCCAAAGACCGUUGAGCGGGUCAAGAAGGUCAUGGAAGAAUUACAGUCGAACAAUCCUAGUGUCGAAAAUUGGGGAGUUGUUGGAUACUGCUGGGGAGGGAAGAUCGUCAACUUGGUCUCACAGGCGGGGACUCCAUUCAAGGCGGCAGCUAGUUGCCAUCCAGCAAUGGUAGAUCCUAAUGACGCACCAAACAUCACAAUCCCCAUCCUCUCAAUCCCAUCGAAGGAUGAAGAUAAGUCGGCUAUGGAAAAAUACGAGGCUGCACUGAAAGUGCCUAACCAGGUCGAAUGGUAUCAUGACCAGAUCCAUGGAUUUAUGGCUGCAAGAAGUGAUCUCGAGGAUGAGAACGUCAAGGCAGCAUACGAGAAAGCGUAUCAAACCUUGCUCACUUGGUUUCAUAAAUACUUGUGA